AUGAAUUACAAAAUUAAUAUUUUAUUGGUUCUAUUUAUUAAUUUAGUGUCAAUUUCAUUUUUGGCAUUUUCAAAAGAUGCUAAAGAAGAAGAAUACGAUAUUGGUCCACUUGAACUUAGUAUACUUUAUGCUGGUUCAGAAAGAGUAUAUAAUAGAGCUGAUUUAGCAUUAGCUAAAUGGAAUAGAAGAACUAAAAAAAAUCUAGAAAUGUGUAAAGUAGUUGCUGUCUCAUUAACACGUUUGAAUGACGAAGAAAAUGAUUCUGAAUACAGAUUAUUAUAUGCUGCAACAGAUAAAAAAUGUAAAUGGAAGUAUAUUCCUAAAUUAUCAUAUAAAUGUAUCAAAAUUCUUAAAGCUAAAAUUCGAGAUUCUGGUUAUCUAUCAACAUUUGAAUUAAAAGAUUCUAAAGACUACAAAAAAUUUGUAAAUGUUAAGAAAUUAAAAUGCUACUUUGACAUGUAA